CGCAGCUACCUCUACGCCGUGGGCCUGGUCGGGCCGACUCGUGGAGUUGCCGGAAGCGGAAGUUGCCAAGGGGCUGAGGAGUUGCUCGGAAAUCGUUGGGUUAUCUUCGCGCUCUUCGGGUGCGCGCCGCGACUACCUGAGCAGAUUCCGGGAGUCCCGUGUCUCAGUCCCUUUUCUGGACUGAGGCUGCGUCCAGCUUCACCUUGUCCACCCGUCAUGGGCAACACAAGCAGUGAGCGCGCCGCGCUGGAGCGGCAGGGAGGCCAUAAGACGCCCCGGAGGGACAGCUCGGGGGGCACCAAGGAUGGGGACAGGCCCAAGAUUCUGAUGGACAGCCCCGAGGACGCCGACCUCUUCCACGCCGAGGAAAUCAAGGCUCCAGAGAAGGAGGAAUUCCUGGCCUGGCAGCAUGAUCUGGAAGUGAAUGAUAAAGCUCCCGCCCAGGCUCGGCCAACUGUAUUUCGAUGGACGGGAGGUGGAAAGGAAGUUUACUUAUCUGGGUCCUUCAACAACUGGAGUAAACUUCCCCUCACAAGAAGCCACAAUAACUUUGUAGCCAUCCUGGAUCUGCCCGAAGGAGAGCACCAGUACAAGUUCUUUGUGGACGGUCAGUGGACACACGACCCUUCUGAGCCAGUAGUAACCAGCCAGCUUGGCACAGUUAACAACAUCAUUCAAGUGAAGAAAACUGACUUUGAAGUAUUUGAUGCUUUAAUGGUGGAUUCCCAAAAGUGCUCCGAUGUGUCUGAGCUGUCCAGCUCCCCGCCAGGACCCUACCAUCAGGAGCCCUACGUCUCCAAACCAGAAGAGCGGUUUAAAGCGCCACCCAUCCUCCCUCCACACCUGCUCCAGGUCAUCCUGAACAAAGAUACAGGAAUUUCUUGUGAUCCAGCUUUGCUCCCUGAGCCCAAUCACGUCAUGUUGAACCACCUCUAUGCACUUUCUAUUAAGGAUGGAGUAAUGGUGCUCAGUGCAACCCACCGGUACAAGAAAAAAUACGUCACCACCUUGUUAUACAAGCCUAUAUGAGGAGUCGAGAGCCGACAGUGGGCCCCAGGGAAGUUUGCACCAUCAGGUUCCACGCGUGCAUGCUUUCCACUAGAGGGAAUGGACUGUAAAUUUCUCAUUUCACACUCUAUAAGACAUUUCAUACCUGCCCUAGUCCUACUUGAAGUUUUGUGCAGGCACAGCAGCUCCUGAAGAGCCUGGGUCUGUAACAGUCUUCUUAGUACCCUAUGGCUUAAGCCUCAGGGCUUCAGCAAGGCCAAGAAUGGAGGAAGGGAAAUGGGGGAUCUGCAGCCCCUGCUCCGCAAUGACUGAGGACAGGUGCAAGUCGAAACCUACAUCCUCUCAACUGGUCAUAAGAUUCUUCUUAAGCCAAAAAUGUCCACAGCCGCUUUGCUAGUAAAAAUCUGGGAAGCGGGAACUGAGGCCACACAAAAUUUCUCAUCGUCUGUGCUUUUUGAAGGCCAUUGACUUGUCCCUGUUGAGGCCUGGCUGUGGAGCUACGAGUAAGUACAGUGUUGAUCUUGCCUAUCUUUCAAAAUCCAAGCAAUAGGUUGUCUCCCAUACUCAGCUCCAGGGAGAUGUAAUUUCUGUAGAAAUUAGAAGCUGUCUGAUUUCCAGAUGAAGUUUUAAAGUUGUUUCUUACAUUUAUGUGCACUAAAUACUUUUUUUUAACCAGAGGUGGCUGGCUGUAUAGCCUUAAGGCAAUGUUAAGUCACCAUAACUAGAAUAUAGAUCACAUGAACUGUGCUCAGCAAUAAUCUGUUCCCAGAACAGACUUUUAAACCUGCUGCCGAUUUCUCCAUUUAGCUGGCUGAUCCUGAGGACUAACCACUGUCCGCUAGAAGUUUGUCCAGGAUUUUAUUCCAGUUGUAAUGAGGUGACAGUGUUAGCGUAACAACGUUGGAGAAGCACCACCCUCCUGUUGAUUACAGGCUGUGCCACCUUACUCAGGACCUUUGCCCCUAGUUAGCCAAGAAGCUGCAACAGUUGCUAGUGCUUGUACUGAAAGGGAUUUAGAACUUGACUGCUGCAUUCUGAAUCCAUGUCAGGAAGACAUCCUUUGGACCAAAGCAGACCUCUUUACACUCGGCUCAGUUUCCAGUGAGAUGCUGCAGAUGUGCCUAUUAGUGCAGGUUCCUGUCACACAGAGAGCAGAAGCUAUCUUUAUGCCCUUUGUUCCUGCCAUGAGAGGGAGGAAUGAGCUCCAUGGUUUCCAGUAUUUAUUUGGUAAACCUGUGUGCAAGGUACCCUUUUUUGUUACUUUUCAAAACACUGAAUUACUGUUACCUUGACGUACAAAUUUCAAUAAAGCUUUGUAAAGAUAAUUGGACGUG